AUGGGUUGCCUGCGCACAACAGGUCUGGCCUCCUCUCUCUCACACACAAACACGUCCACGGACGCGUCCACCACGAUCAAGGACAUGCUCAAACGGGAGCUUGUUGAUUAUGGAGACCCAGCAACUCUUCAAGCUGGUGGAGGCUCCAUCAUCGAGCUCGUCCUUGGUGUUCCAGACAUUGACAUUCCAAACCUCGCUUCCAGUCAAGACAAUGCAGAUGCAUGGGUGCGAAACAAUGUGAUAAGAUACACUAAAGUCAGGUUCAGAUAUAUUGCUGUUGGAAAUGAAGAGAAACCGGCUGAUCCAUUUGCUUCAGCAUUUUUCUCUGCCAUUCAAAACCUUCAUAAUUCAAUUUCUGCUGCUGGUCUAAGGAAUCGAACCAAAGUCACUACUGCUACCAUUGCUGGUGCACUUGGAGACAAGGCCAAAUAUCCACCGUUUCAAUACCCUAAUAUUUUUGUUGCUAUGUCGGAUGCUUUUUACUCUGCACUUGAGAGGGCUGGUGGAGGUUCAUUGGAGAUUGUUUUAUCAGAGAGCGGUUGGCCCUCAGCUGGAGGAGGACCAGAACCAACAUUGAUAAUGCAAGAAUUUACAGCACAAACCUGGUUCAACUAA